AUGGACUUAAACUCAGGAUUAUCUAGUCCAGAAAAGCAAGAGCCACAUGUAUGGAGCCACAAGUACAGUGUGAGCCAAGAAGGUCUGGCACAAUCUCCGGACCCUGUUACCAUUGACUCGAUUUACGACGCCGAUAUAUUCUACAAUCAAGCCUGGAGUGACUAUUUGAAAGAUAAUUCCCAUCUCGAAACUUGUAAUACACCUCAACCCGGCCCAUUGUUUGUUCAGGAUGGAGUCGCAAUGGAUGGCUCUCCAUUGCCAUUAGUUACCGACCAGCUUUUCCCAGACAUUUGGAACUCGCCACUCCCAACUGAACUUGUUGAAUCUUUAAAUGGCUCCUCACCGAGCAAUGCAUCAACAGCACCCAGCAGGGCAUUUAAUUUCCCAUUCCAAGCCAAUCUCCGUGAUCAAGAAAUGAACCUGGACCAUGGUGCAUCAUAUCCGAAGCAGCUUGAUUAUCAGGAACAGUCACCAGCUACUUAUGCGUCGAACCCCCAGCCUAGUUUGCCUCGACGAAGAAGUCGUUAUUUCAACAAUGUGCCAAAUUCGAGGAACAAAGACGGCCUUUCGUACGAUUCAAAUGAAGUCGGGCUAGACCCAAUGCAGCGGUGGCAAGAGAACUCCCCUGAGAACGAGGCAGCCUCAGUCACGGCUAUCAUAAAUGCUAUGCAGGAGACGCCGGGGGUCCAUCGUACUCGCCAACCAAGUCGUGGCCGUGGUCGGGGGCCAGUUUCAAGCCGAUCUCGCCGGUCGGCCUCGGCCACAAGUCGCGGGUCGAGUGCGUCAUCCACAGAUUCGGCAUGGUCGACUACCAGUUACUCACCGCGUACUCGAGCCCGUCGGCCACAUGCCCGUUUGAACAAGGCCCAGUCAGAUAACGGCAAGCCUCGAUUAUUCUGCUGCACCUUCUGUUGUGAUCGCUUUGGGACCAGAUACGAAUGGGUUCGACAUGAAAAAUCGCUUCAUUUAAAUCUGGAAGCAUGGUAUUGCGCCCCACUUGGGCCUUCGGUUCUAUCUCUGAUUACUGGCAAAGAGUUCUGUGCUUACUGUAAUGAGACAGAGCCAUCCAAGGAACAUUUGGUUAUGCAUAACUAUGAUGCCUGUCAGAAUAUUGAUAAUGAGCAUCGCUCCUUCCGCCGAAAAGAUCAUCUUGUACAACACCUUCGCCAUGUGCAUCAAGUACAAGAUUUACCUCCCCUGGAUGAUUGGAAGAAAGAGAUGAAGAAUUUUGUGUCCCGAUGUGGUUUCUGCGACCAGACUCUGGAUAAUUGGGAUAUACGUGUUUCUCACUUAUCUCAGCACUUUCGCAAUGGGCUUACGAUGAAGGAUUGGAAGGGAGAUCAUGGGUUCCCUCCGCAUAUUGUUGAGCAACUUCGGAACGCGUACCCACCUUACCUUCUUGGCUGGGAGUCAGAGUGCAUGAUCCCGUUUUCUGCUACAAAUAGCGAUGUGGGAAAACAAUAUGCGCAUCUACUGUCAGCGACCGACUUUGCCGAUGUUCACGAGCAAGCUGGGCCCACGCAUACAGAAAUUGCAGGAGACGAUAAGGCUGACCCACAACUUCCUCAGUUUCUCGAUAUAUUUACUCGUCAUUUGAGUCAGUAUGCUCAAAGACAAAUGGAACAUGGUGUUGUCCCAACGGAUGAGAUGUUUCAAAGAGAGGCCCGAAAAGUGCUCUUCAGCAGCGAAGAUGCUUGGGAUCAGACCAUUGCGGAUAACUCAGACUGGUUGUCUGCAUUUCGGAAAUUGCAUUUACAACCCACUGGGAGCUCAGUGAAUAUUCCCUGA